ACCAGCUCUUCGUGUGUUUGUCGUGUGGAUGUGUCGGAAGCUUCAGGUGCUCCACAGUUGUACCGACAUAUGCCGGGCUCUGUCAGAACUACAAAAAAACAAAAGGAGCUUCCAAAUUUGCUCAAUCGCAGUAAAAAUAAAUAUAUUGUAUGGAAAAUAUGUUCCUGUUGACAAAUUUCUACAGUACAGUGUCCAUUUUAGUAGUGUUACUCCCGUGGCAGAUCGUAUCACAGUGCAGUACACUUUCUAGUAGACUGUUUGUGUCAUUCAUUCCUGCAGCGACAGGCAAGCAUUAAAGGACCUAAGCCUCCUGACAAAGAGCCUACUCUGUCACUUUAUGUACAGGAGAUUUGUGUUGUCCUCCUAACCAAUUCAACUCUCCAGAUAGGCCAUCUACUGGAUUUUUAAGUCUGUCAGUACAGCCCUGCUUCAUCAUAAAUAAUGUUAUUUACUGUAAAUUUAUUUAUUUAUUUUACGAAGCAGAGUGGUUAUGAUCCAUGACCAAGUUAAACAGAGCUAAAAAGAAACAACAAAGUAACAAAUACAAUGGAAGCUGUGUUUGAUGGAAAGAAAUGCAAGAUGUUGAAGGAGCAUGGACUGCUUCAAAGAAAUAAGGUACUACAGAAUGGUCAAGAUGAUGUGGAGAUAACCGACCAGGUGAAGAAUACUGAUGAUGAGAAAAGUGUAAACUAUGAGUUGAUGGAGAGGAAUGCUCAUUUAGCAAACAGAACAAACAAAGUUGAGUUGACUGAAGAAAAGCUGGAAAAUGAAAUCAGUGUGGCGAAGAGGAAAGAAGCUGAGUGUUUAAAAGAGAAUGAAAAAUUGGAAAUGAGAAUUAAAGAGCUGGAGAGGGACAAGCAGGACUUGGAAAGAAAGAAUAAAGAGCUACAAAAGGAGAAUGAGAACCUGAAGAAGAAGAUGAUGAUGAAUGAUGAAUCUCAGGUUAUGACUGCAAGUGUUGAUAGUGGCUUUGAUGAUUGGGAGAUUGUGGACAAAUCUGAAAUUGAACAGGAGGAGAAUACCCAUCUGCAAAGAAAGCAAUAA